UUCCACUUCGUUUUUCUUUCUAAUUCUAUGAUCAAACCGAAAUAAUUACUUGAUUACAUGAAGCUAGCUUGCUUGGGCAAUCCAAUAUCAAACCAUUGCAACUGAUUUGCAGGGUUAAUUAUGUGUUGAUCAGAUCAUUAUCAAUCUUGAGGUUUAUAAAUCAAAAUGGGAGACUCUUAUUCGUAUGGGAUUCCUAAAGAGGCCAAUCUAGUUAUGUCUAGUAAAAAGCAGUCUCCAAAUUACUUAGUUGCUUCGCGGUCGAAGGCCUCUCUGCAAAGCCUGGGUGCACUUAGAAUUGGAAAUGGUGUGGUCACUCAGGCAGCACUGUUCGUGCUCAAAGUGGCUGCAUUGGAGGCGGUGCGUAGGCUCUCGAGGGCCAAGUGCUCCUGGCUGUGGCGCGGCUUCCAGGCUUUGCAGUUUCUUUGUUAUCCGCCGUUCAAGUGGUUCCGGAGAUUCGCUCCCUUCAAGGCUCUUGUUGACAACUUGCAGACUGUAUCGAAGCCGUUACUGGCCCUCUCGAUUGCAACAGCUUUUACUGAUGAAUUAGAAUUCAGUCCUAGUUCUUCAGAUGAUGUCAAUAAUUCUGAUGAGUGUCCAGAAGUACCCUCUUCAGAGUCGUCUUUGGAUACUAGUGUUUCUGAAGAAGUUCCUCAAAAUGUAGCAUCUGAAAGAUGGUUGAUACAACUUCAUAACGAGCUUGAAAGACAAGGGAUUAGCUUGCCAGAAAGAAUAAAUGAGGAGGAACUUCGCAGGUUCUACGCAGCGGCUAACAGAGAUUUCUCGAGCUUUCUAUCUGCAGUAAAGAAGACGAUCAGGUGGCGAGAGACAUAUGGAAUUCUUUCGGUACAGGAGCUUGAAAAAUGGUCGAAUAUGGUUUUCUGGCAUGGAUUUGAUGUGAAACACCAACCUUGCCUCAUAGUACGGCUUGGACUAGCUUGCAUCAGCUUGCCAUCUCAUGAUAAACCUCGGUUUGCUCAAGCAAUCAUUUCUCAAGUUGAUCAUGGAGUCUUUCAUCUACUUGAUGCCAACAAUCCUCAGAUUACAGUUGUAGUAGAUUGUGAAGGUCUAACUCCAUUGAAAAUUCCCAUGCAAGUAUUGAGAAUCUGUUCUUCGUUAUUGCAAGAUCACUUCCCCAACCGUCUUGGCUGUCUGUAUGUUAUACGGCUUCCACCAAUGCUUCGUGUUAUUGCCCAAACUUUUAUCCAAGUUUUAAAGCCUUACACCCGAGAAAAGUUGAGAAUUGAAGGGAAAAUGUACCACAAGAUUCUUUCCGAGUGCCUGGAGUCACUCCCGUCAUAUCUUGGUGGCAAAUGCCUAUGCAAAAUAUGUUCAGAUAUUAUCACGAAAGAGAUGCAGCAGCCUCGUUCAAAUGCUUAUAUAAACAGAGAGCUGAGAGUGAAUGCUUGCCCAGAUGGGAAUCUACGGUCUCCUAGUCCAACUUGUGAGAUCGAGGUUGAACCGAUCCAUAACUGUAAUCAGCUGCUGAGAACUGCCAUAGUGAGCAUCCUUAUGAUUUGGAUUUUAGUAGCUUUUAUUGGUGGAUUAUUGGACCCUGGAAGCAGUCCCUUUUCUUCUUCAUGAGGUAAGACCAUAGGAGCAGUAAAACUCCUUUCCCCCUCUCUGCCUGGUUUCUCGCCAAGUGGCUUCUUAAAAAAUAGCCUAUGCAUGUGUCUAUAAGUUUACUGAGGAUGAGAUGUCCUGUCAUAUAUUAGUUAGUAUAUUUGGUGGCAUAAGUUGUAUAACUAGCUUGAUUUAUGAAAGUAUUUGAAUAAAGCAUCAAGUUUACA